UCAGUAGAUGCCGGACAUAUUAUGCGCGUUUUUAAUAUUAUCCAAUCCAGUCUCCGUACAUAUAGAGUAAAGCGAUAUGUAUUCCAGUCGCAGCUCGAGUGCUAUUCACGUCACGCGACCUCUAUCUGGAGGAACAAAUGGCAACAUUACAGGGCACUUCCUACAGGCGUGACGAAACUGGGGUCAGAACAAUUUAUAAUUAAAAAUACCAUGGCGACGACGGAUCACCUGACGCCAGAAAUAAAUUUGCGAUUGAUGACCCCACAAUGUAAAUUGUACCAUUGUAAAUUUGAUGACACUUCUGGUGUUAGUGAUCCAUAUUGGGCAUUCUAUUGGCCAGGAGGGCAAGUAUUAACCAGGUUUCUUCUUGAUAAUCCAUCCUAUGUUAUUGGUAAGAAUAUUCUAGAUGUUGGCAGUGGUUGUGGUGCAACUGCUAUUGCAUGUAUUAAAUUAGGUGCCAAUAAUGUACUUGCCAAUGACAUUGACCCAGUUGCUGAAAAAGCAAUCCAUCUAAAUGCGGAACUAAAUGGUGUUUCUAUAGAAACAAGUACAGAGAACAUGAUUGGAAAAGUUGACACAGAAUUUGAUACAAUUAUUCUUGGAGACAUGUUUUAUGAUGAAUCUUUUACUAAGCAAGUCACUGAUUGGCUUUUGAAGUUGCUAUCUCUCAAAAGAAAGAUGAUUAUGAUUGGCGAUCCUGGAAGAGUGUUUUUAAAUCAACUGCCCAUCAGGAAGCACCUCCACCAGUUAGAAAAAUACAGACUUACUGAACAAUGCAAGUUUGAAAACCACGGGUUUAAUGAUGCUGCUGUAUGGACUAUCAAAUGAAAACUGUCAUUCUGUCAUGGAACAUGUAUACUGUGUAUUCAUAGAAAGUAAAGCUGAAUGAACUGAAUAAAAGCUACUACUAAUUU